GGGUACCAUCCCCCACCGUCCUCCCUACUAAGAAAACUUCGCCGCUUUCCCACCACACCACUGCUCCAUAAAUGAUACUCUUUAACUCCCAACUGAGAGAAAACGACAGCUACAGAGAGAGAUAGAGAGAGAGACAGAGAGAGCACAGGCAAGAGCUCAUCUGAAUUCUGAUAACUCAGCAUCACCUUCUUUGAAAGAUCGACGCCGGCGACAACCCAGAAGCCCUCAAUUUAUGGCCUGAAGCCGCCGCCGCCUACCGCGACGCACUUUUCUCUGAUUCCGGCGGCACCAUGGCCGUGGCUGACCACCACCACCACCACCACCCCAACAACCGCCACCGCAAGCCCCAGUCUGAGAUGAAGCUCUGGAGGCUGUGUCCGUUCUGGCAGUCUGGAACCACCCACUCGUCGUCGUCGUCCACGCAGACUCUCCAGCAGCAGCAGCAGCAGAGCCAGAGCGUGGAGGGCUCCAAUUCCAAACCCCCGUCCUCCAAGACGAUGUCGUCCGUGGCGAGAUCUCUGCUUCCGGCUAGGCGUCGUCUUCGCCUCGAUCCGACCAAUAAUCUCUACUUUCCUUAUGAACCUGGUAAACAAGUCCGAAGCGCUGUUAGGAUUAAAAACACUAGCAGGUCUCAUGUUGCUUUCAAGUUUCAAACUACUGCACCAAAGAGCUGUUAUAUGCGUCCUCCCGGGGGUAUCCUUGCCCCAGGAGAAAACCUUAUUGCGACUGUAUUCAAGUUUGUGGAGCAGCCAGAAAACAAUGAGAAGCAGUUAGAUCAGAAGAGCAGGGUUAAGUUUAAGAUCAUGAGUCUAAAGGUGAAAGAAGGAACAGAUUAUGUACCAGAGUUGUUUGAUGAACAAAAGGAUCAGGUAGUUGUUGAGCGAAUUUUGCGUGUUGUAUUCUUGGAUGUGCAGCGCCCUACUCCUGCAUUGGAAAAACUCAAACGUCAGUUGGAUGAAGCUGAGGCUGCGCAGGAAACACGCAAGAAACCUCCAGUAGACAUGGGUCCUCGAGUUGUCGGAGAAGGUCUUGUCAUAGAUGAAUGGAAAGAGCGAAGGGAGAAAUACCUGGCUCGGCAACAGGUUGAAGCAGUGGACUCAUUGUAAAGUGCAGUUUGGUUGUCGCAAUUCCUCUCCUGGCUGAACCAGCUAGAAAGAUUGUAUCAUUCUUCUCUAUCCGUGCUUGGUUCUUCUUGCUGCUUACGAUGAGGGCAGAAGACAAAAGAGGAGGGCAGGGUCUUCCUCUAAAAACAGAAGUACCCAACGCCGCCUUUUGAGAUUUAGUGCUUUAUUAUUAUGUAUUAUUAAUAAGCAGUUGUUUGUUGAAAUCAUUAGAUGUGAGAUGAGCCAUAUGGAAAGGAAGGCACCUGAAUUUGGGCUUGUGCCUCGCCUACUUGUAGAUAAAGGUAUUUUCUGCUCUAUGGAAAUAAUUAUAAGACAGUCACCGAAGGCUUCGUUUUAGUUAAUGUAUUUUGGGGGGUUCUGGUUUGAUUUUUGAGUCCUAUCUUUGUGGGUAUAAGAAGUUUGAUUACUGAA